AUGGAAAUAGUAAAGUUCAAUCCAGACACUAAAGGUAUAGAAAGAAGGAGAGGCAUAAAGACUUUUGGAGACACGAGCAGAAUAAGAGUCGUUAAAAGUACAGCUGCACCAAAAUUUAAUCUGUAUACAACAGAAAUAGGCAUUGAGUAUGAAGAGGAGGAGAAGCAACACACCCCAUACAGGCCUUCCUUGGAGGAGCCAACUACGUCAAAUGCCUAUGUCCCUCCAACAAUCAAACGCCCGGAAACAUGUAGCGUUAAGCUUUCAAACCUUCCUCUGGACAUGACAAGGGAUAGGCUAUACUCUAUCAUUAAGUCACAUACAAGUGUCUUCUUCAUGAGUCCCAAUCUUGUCAUGAACAGAGAGACAGGAGUGUUCAGAGGGUUUGCAUUUGUGACUUUGGAGUCCAAGGACGAUGCUAUAAGGUUCAUCAAAGAUCUCCGAGGUGUUGCAAUAGAUAGUCUAGGAUUAUCUGCUGAAAUGGCUAGAUAG